GAAACACUCAAACUGUGUUUUCUUGAAUCUGUCGCUGAGUAGGAAAGGUUUGAAAUAGAACUAUAGUGUGAGCUUUGCAGAUUGAAAUGAAUACUUCUGUUUUUAUUGCAUCGUGGAUUUAUUUUGUUAUCAUAAAUUUCGGAUGUAUUUCGGGAGGGCCACUCGCGUGCUUGAAAAGAGUACAAAGUAACGAAAAACGAAACCACGUCAUGAAAAGAAUGAGGCCAGACUAUGUUCAAAUGCGUCGAUGUUGUGGAAGCAAACCGUAUCAUGCAAAUACUGAACAGUGUUGCAGAAAUAAUCAAACGAAGUUAAUUUGCGAAGAGUGGGCAGAAUGGAUGUCAUGGAGCUCAUGCUCUGUGACUUGUGGUAGUGGAACACGAAGUCGAUAUCGAGAAUGUAUUAACGGGGAAGGCUGUGAUGAUCAUGCUGAAGAAAUAGUGCCAUGUGACACCACUCCAUGCAGGUCACAAUGUCAAAGAUGCCCCACUUCAAGUUCGAAUGCUGAUUGUAAUAAUCUCAAUAAUAUGUGUAGAACAGAAGAAGGUGAGGGUUGCCAGAGUCUUGUCAGAAAGGAAAACAACUUUUAUUUUGUAGAGAAAAGAUGUAAACAAUUGAAGGCAUGCUUAAUCGAAGGGCGGACCCUUGCGAAACAAAAUUCGUGUAAUUCAAUUGGAAACAAUUCGAUGUGCAUGUACUGCUGUUCCGGAGAAUUGUGCAACAAAAAUGAAACGACUGAAAUACCCUCAUGGUACAAAGAUUCGUGGCAGGAUUGGAUAUACAAACUGGAUCACUAUGCCACGUGGUUAAAACAAACCAAGCGUUCAACAGUUUAUCUUGCCGACGAGGAAUUUUAUCACUCCUUUAGAAGUGAAUCAAAUGUGCCGCUCCUUCUAAGGAAUAUACCCAAUGUUCCUGUUAGAUAUAGCGAAUUCCAGUGGCGUUUUUACGGCAGAGGCAUCAAUAUAGAGUCAGAAUGGUACCGUCAAAGCUGGAAACCUGAUAUAAAUGAAGUUUUUAUUUCUUCGAUUGUCGAAGCUACGGAGAUUGACCAAUCAGAUCCCCGUAAAAAAGCUACGGUAGCGAGAACGAUGAAAAAUUUUAUCACGACUCUAGCACGACAUCUACCGUCCGGAUUCGAGAUACCAAGGAAGUUUUGGAACAAAUGGACAUCGUUGAAAGAUCGUUGAUAAUUUCAGAGAUGCGGAAUGAGUGCGACAUUUGAAGGGAAGCUUCAAAUUUCCAUUCUUAUUUUGUAAAUGUUAAAAGUUCAAAAAAUGAAGAAUUAUUCAUCACACAGUUCUUCGUUUUCCGUUGUCACAGUUUUGGAACUACAAAGUAUUCAUACCAUAGUGGUAGAAAUAACAAGUUGGUCCCAGUUAUCCCUCAACGAGCCCAAAAUUCCGCCUAAUGGCUUUCACCUACAUAGUUCGCAUUAUACAUUAUAUAAUAUUGAUGUAUCUAUUACCAUUAAAUUGGAUUAUACAUUAAUCAAGUACACCAGUCAAUAACGUGCGUUUAUCACAAUAUGUGAUUUUGUAUUUUACUGUAUUGUGAAUAUUUAAUAAAUUAACGAAAAUUAA